GAGCGACUGUGUUCUCCGUCCUGCCCAGUGUCACAAAUCAUGCUGCUCGUCUGGGACGAAAACAAAGCUUGAGUCCCAAGAUGAAGGCAGAGAAGGAGGCUCCUUCAAAAGCCAAAAUAAUUUCCCAGAUUUUAUUGCUCAUGUGUCUCGGUUCCUUCAAUUCAGGUGGGGUUCUGGCAGUGAAUAUGACUAUCCCCAACACUCUCAUUAGAGGCACAGUAGGAGGGGAGGCCCUUCUGUCAGUCCGCUACACUAGUUUCAGCGUCGACCUGCCAGUCAUCAAGUGGCAGCUCAAGAGGGAAAAGGAUGUCACUGUCGUCCAGUCGAUUGGAACUGACAUCAUCGGGACCCUGAGGCCUGACUAUCGUGACCGCAUCCUGGUAUUUGAGAACGGGACUCUGCUUCUCCACAACCUCAGACUCUCUGAUGACGGAACUUAUGACGUGGAGAUCUCCAUCACAGACGAUACCUUUACAGGAGAGGGCAGCAUCACACUCACUGUGGAUGAGUCUAUAUCCAGGCCCUAUAUCAACAUGGAGUCUUCAUCGGUCCUGGAGCUCAGCGAAAACGUCGUCCUCAACUGCUCCCAUGACAAUGGAACCAGGACUACGUACAGGUGGUUCAAAGGUGGAAAGCCACUGACCAACGUGACGAGGUUCGUCUUGUCGACUGACCAGAAGUUCUUGACCAUCACUCGGGUGCUGAUGGCAGAUGAUGACGUCUACACAUGCAUGGUGGAGAAUCCUGUGGGCAAUAUGACAAGUCUACCCAUCAGGCUGACCGUAUACAGAAGAAGUUCCCUCUAUAUUAUUCUUUCCACUGGAGGCAUCUUCCUCCUCAUCACCUUGGUAACAGUAUGUGCCUGCUGGACGCCUUCCAAAAAGCCAAAACAUCCACCUAGAAAGCCUCUCUCCAGGUUCCAUCACUCACCAAUCAGUCACACGGAUGACUUGCUUCCAAAAGAGCAUAAUGGAAUAAAUGCAGUAACUUCACUUUACAUCCUGCAGCAAAAGGAUCCUUCCAUGGACGACUCAUCCAGCAACAGCAUUGGAUCUCCUUCUGAACUUGACAACCCGCCGUGUUACACAGUUCACGGUUCCCCCAAAUACACUGGUUCUCAGUCUAAUGGGUCCCCUGCCCGGUCCUCCCACAGGUACACCUGAAAGCUCAUCGGUUUUAACUCAACGCAUCGCGGCAAGUGGAAAGUCAGACGUGCUACCGUAUACCGCUCCCGACUCUGCAACUUCCUGCACAUCCACCCGGAGUUUGAGAAAGAUCUCAAAACUAUUUCCUGGGGUUUUACAGUAAUGUCAUUACUGCCUUGAUCUGUUUUUAUUAAAGGAAACUGUAACUUAAAUAUAAGUUGAAAAAUGUAAGAGAAAUACCAAGGCAGUGUUUAAACAGCUUUGAAGCCUCUAUUUACAACUUACCACCAUCAUUGUCGGUUACUGGAACUACGAAAGCCCAAAUUUGGGAAAUGGCAUGAAGUCUGCAUUAAGCUGAGGUGGGGUCGGUAAGAUGCAAUUGUCAAACUGUAGUGUGAUAAAGAUCCUUCUCUUCACGCUUUUUUUUUUUAAUUCAAAAAUCAUCACCAAACAGGACGAGGGUUUGUUGUUUGUUAAUGUUAAAAAAUAUAUAUAAAGUUUGUAAAAAUCACGCUCAGAAAUUCUACUCUGUUACAGUGAUACGUGUGAUGUUUUCUGAAGUGUUAAAUAAAAUCUAGCAGUUUUACUUUGUAA